UCCGCGUUCGUUCUUCGACUUGUCCGCGAGGGUAAAUAGCGAAAAUACGUAGAGAAUAAUCACGGUAAACGGCCUCCCUUGCGAGGGGGCUCGAGUGGCCGCCGGUAAACGUUCCGUCGCACCAGUUUCCAUCGCUUCUUCGGGGCUCGAUGGAACGCGACCAACUGGACGGUUGGCGUAGCGUCAGGAUGGGACACUGGCUGAUCGUCGAUGCCGCACACCACGUGGCUGGGAGUAUCCUGAUCUUCUGGAUCCUCGUCCUCCUGUUCUCCGUGAACGGUUGCGAUGCCUCGUACGAGAUGCAGGGUCCGAGUUUCGUGUCGGAGCCACCGUCGCGGGUGGAAUUCACGAACGUGAACGGCGGCAGGGUGGACUGCAUAGUCAGAGGAAAUCCGGCUCCCACCGUCGACUGGCUGGCAGCGGACGGGGGCAGUAUAACGAGUAUCUCUGGCAUCAGGCACGUCCUUGGCAACGGGACGAUCCACUUUCCUGGCUUCGAGGCCGAGGUCUUCCGGCAGGAUGUCCACUGGGCCAUUUAUAAGUGUUCCGCCGUCAACAGCGUCGGUGCCAUCGUUAGCAGAGACGUCACUGUCAGAGCAGUGGUGAACCAGCGUUACGAUCCGGAAGUGCAGUGUCCCGGCGGUUUCCUCGGCAACAACGUACUUAUGCGAUGCAACGUACCCAGUUUCGUUCGCGACCACGUCACGAUCACGUCUUGGCUUCAGGAGCCGUCCUUCAAUAUCUACCCGUCGACGAUGGGAGAUGGCAAGUAUCACAUGCUUUCGAGCGGAGAGCUGAUGAUACUGAACAUCACGAGGGAGGACGCGGAACAAACUUAUCGGUGCAGGACGCAUCAUCGUCUGACGCAGGAAACGGUCGUCAGUAGCAACGUUGGCAGGCUUCAAUUGACUGAGAUACGGAGCACCAUGCCGCCGAUGAUAAACGAGAAGGUGGUUUAUAUGUCUGCUCGCCUGAAAGACACCAUUGUGAUACCUUGCGUCGCGUACGGCAAUCCAACACCUACCAACAGGUGGUAUUACAACAGGAAUCAGAGAGAAGAGCCGAUCGAGGACACGUCCGGGCAUUACAUGGUGAGAGACGGUUCGCUGAUCAUACAAGGCGUUCAGGAGAACGAUGCUGGCUCGUACAUGUGCACCGCCAGUAAUUCGGAGGGCAGCGAAUCCAUGGAAGUGAGGUUAACGGUGUCUGCGCCAUUGAGCGUUCAUGUUCAGCCGUCGAUUCAAACCGUCGAUCUUGGAAAAGCCGCUCAUUUGACGUGCAGCGCAAGUGGAUUUCCGCAGGCUGCGCUCUACUGGUUGAAGGACGGUCAGCCAUUGAGAACGGGUGCUCGCAUAAGGGCGGUAUCCAGGGAACGUAUUUCCGUGAUGUCGGUUGCACGGGAGGAUCGCGGCAUGUACCAAUGCUUUGUGAGGAACGAGUAUGAAAUGGCUCAAGGAAUUGCGGAAUUGCGGCUGGGUGAGAUCGCGCCGCAGCUGGUCUACAGGUUUAUCGAACAGACAAUGCAGACUGGUCCAUCGGUUUCCCUGAAAUGCAGCGCCGCGGGUAAUCCCACUCCUCAAAUUUCCUGGCUGCUGGAUGGAUUUCCGCUUCCACAAAACGACAGGCUCCUGAUUGGCCAGUACGUGACCGUGUAUGGGGACGUAAUAUCGCACGUUAACAUUUCGUCGGUGAAGUCCGAAGAUGGCGGGGAGUACGAGUGCAUCGCGAGCAGUCGAGCUGGCGAGGCAAGCCACUCGGCGAGGCUCAAUAUUUACGGUUUGCCGUACGUCAGACCCAUGUCGACGGUUUCGGCGGUUGCUGGGAAACGGUUUCACAUCAAAUGCCCAGUCGCCGGCUAUCCUAUCGAGUCGAUCGUUUGGGAAAAAGACGGUGUAAGAUUGCCUACUAAUAUGAGGCAAAGGGUCGCAAAUGGCAGUCUGUUCAUCGAUACGGUCCAACGGGCUGCCGAUCAAGGCACCUACACAUGCACUGCCAGAAACAAGCAUAACUUCACUUCUCAACGUUCGGUUGAGGUUCGCGUUCUAGUUCCACCGCGGAUCUCGCCGUUUUAUUUCGAGAACGGUGUGACGGAGGGGAUGAGGACACAGCUAAUGUGUACCACGAGCCAGGGUGACCAGCCGUUCAACAUCACGUGGUUGAUGGACGACAAACCGAUUCAGUUCAGAUCGGGUGACGGCGUUGUGUCGGCGUCGGCAUCAUCGUCGUCGUCGUCGUCCUCGUCCUCGAGCGGAUCCACCGCGGCCGUGCUCGGGACAGGCAACAACAUACAGAUAAGCGACUAUCCGCCGUUUUCCAGCAUCCUGACGAUAAAUAACGUCAGCGCUAAGCACAGCGGGAACUACACGUGCCAGAUCAGCAACGUCGCUGGCCUGGCCGAAUACUCGACCAGCCUCUCCGUUGCUGGUUGGUGUCUCAAACGAGCAACAACAAAAAACGACAUGGUAGCUACGCUGCUCGAAGUAUUUCCUGUGCCACCACGAUGGACGGUAGAACCUAUGGACCAAAACGCCGUUGUAGGUCACGGCGUCUCCAUUGCCUGUCAGGCUGAAGGAUUCCCUAUUCCAACUGUGACUUGGAAGCAAUCGAUUGGUGAUACUCCAGGCGACUACAGGGAGUUGGGUUACAGCGGAACGGAGGGUGCAGGGGUUGCCGGGAACGGGUCUUUGGUGAUCCCACGGGUAUCCAGAGAUCACGCUGGCUUCUAUCUGUGCCAGGCGAGCAACGGUAUUGGGCCAGGCCUCAGCAAGCUCAUUCGGCUAACAGUUCACGCGGGUCCUCAGGUAUCGGUGAAAACGCGACAGGAAUCAGUGCGACGAGGGGAGAGUGUAACGCUACGCUGCGAAGCCGAAGGAGACGCUCCUCUUGAUCUCAGCUGGCGUGCGCGUGACAGCAGAGUCGAUCCCAAGUACGAUGUUAGGUACACGAUAGAUAACCAGAAGGUAUCCGGUCGAAUGAUCUCCGAGCUGCGGAUCAUCCAGGCGAACCACAUAGACCGUGGGGACUACACGUGCGUGGCGACGAACGCGUACGGCCAUGCCAGGGCGACCAUUAACUUGCUGGUUCAAGAGCCGCCGAAUUUUCCCCGGAAUUUGCACAUAGCCGAGCAAGGGAGCCGAUCGUUGCUGUUGGCUUGGUCGUCGCCGUCCAGCGAACAGGAUCCAGCUCACGCCAGCUCGCCCAUAACCAACUACAUCGUGCAGUACAAGGAAGCACAGGACGUGUGGCAUGAGCACAACACGCAGAAGAUGGUGGCAGGGGACAACACGGUCGCUCUGGUGUCGCCCCUAAAACCGGCGACCUCCUACCACUUUCGGGUGCUUGCGGAAAAUCAUCUUGGAACAUCAGCGCCAAGCGACAUCCUUCAUGCUCAAACCGAUGGAGAAAUUCCCAGUGGACCACCCAGACAUGUUAUCGCCGAGCCCUUAGGACCACAGCAAGUGAAGGUCACCUGGCAACCACCAGAUCGAUCCCUCUGGAAUGGCGAACUCCUCGGAUACACCAUCAGCUACGCCAAUCUCGGAGGGAAUGAUCAAUCGGUGAACAUCACCAGAGUGGGAAUCACGGGAAACGGGGACGGUUCGUACGAUUAUAGGCUAACCGGCCUCCGGAAGUACACCCAGUACAGCAUCGUAGUGAAGGCGUUCAAUAAUAAAGGAGACGGACCAGGAUCUGACCCAGUCACCGUGCAAACUCUCGAAGACGUUCCAAGCGCUCCGCCGCAGAACGUGGCCUGUGCCGCACUAACCGGCCAGAACAUCCAGGUGACCUGGAAACCGCCGCCUUCCGACAAAGUUCACGGGGUCGUGCAGGGCUACAAGUUGCUGUACGAGGCGGCCAGCGCCGUUUUGGAACAGCACGAGGGCAGGGAGACGAAAAUCAGCCAUGCACUAAGCACCGUGCUGCACGGGCUUAGUCCGUACACCAAUUACACGGUACAGGUGCUCGCGUACACCAGAGCCGGCGAGGGUGUCACCAGCAGCCCGGUAUCCUGCACCACCGAAGAAACUGUUCCGGACGCGCCGGAGCGUGUAAAGGCUGUGACCAGCAACGAGGACGCUGUGGUGAUAUCGUGGCUACCGCCGCGUCGUCCGAACGGCAUCCUGACAAAAUACACCGUUUAUAUCCGCGUGUUGGACCAGGGCCAGGAGGUGAAGAUCACUAAAAGCUCGCUGCCUGCGCAGAGCUUGCACCACGAAGCGACCGGCCUGAAACUGCGCGAGUCCUACGAGGCCUGGGUUACGGCCUCGACCAAAGUGGGGCAAGGAUCUAGCACUCCGGUCAUCAAACUUCAGCUGAGCAAUACCGUUCGAGCAGCCAUAAUAUCGUUCGGUGUGCCGCUCGUGGUGCCGUGGAGGGUGGACGUCAAUAUGGCUUGUCUCGCCGUUGGUAAUCCGCGGCCGACGGUGGAGUGGCGUCGAGGCGACGUGAAACUGCAACAAAAAUCCGACAUCGGACCGGACAACGCGCUCACGCUGAGGAACGUGCAGAGAACCCACGAGGGCAACUAUUCCUGCCACGUGAAGAAUUCUCUCGGCUCGGACGAAAUCGUGUACACUCUUCAAGUACAAGUGCCACCAACGCCACCGACCCUACUGGCCACAGGUACCACAACCGACGCUGUUCAGUUGCAAUGGAAACAGGGCGACAACGGAGGAGCCCCCAUAAAAGGAUUCCUGCUGGCUUAUCGUCGGGAAUUCUCCGAAUGGGAGGAGGUGAUGCUCGAUCGGAAAGCAAAUACUCACCUGCUGGAAGGUUUACAGUGCGGCACCAGGUAUCAGUUCACGCUGGCAGCGUUUAACAGGAUCGGUAGCGGAAGCGCGAGCAAAAUCGAGACGGCCAAAACCAACGGGACUAAACCUGUCCCUCCUACGAAGCAUCAGUUGAUCAAAGUGAAUCAAACGUUCGUCACAUUGGAGUUGACGUCUUGGCAGGAUGGCGGCUGUCCGUUGCUGUACUUCGUCGUCGAGUACAGAAGGCUUCCUGGAGACUGGUUGCUCGUGUCAAACAACGUGCCACCACAGUCGAGGUUCACGAUUGUGGACCUAGAAGCUGGAACCAAGUACGAGCUGCGCGUGACAGCUUACAACAACGCCGGUUCAACGCAAGCCGAAUACUUGUUCAGUACUAUGUCACCGAACGGCAAUAAUCGAAUACACGAGGAACAUCCACCGGAAACCGAGGAGACCUCGCUGUUUUUCGACGCUCACGUGUUGGCUCCUAGCGUGAUCUCGUUAUUGGCUGUGUUCCUGGCGGUGGCUGGUGUUUGCUUUUGCCUAAAAACUCACGCGGAGCGAUCCGGUCGAGCGAACGAUCCGAAUUCGCAAACGCAGGCUGCCCUGGAGAACAAACACAACAUGGAGCAAAGGGAACAAUACUACGCGACCGUGAGGAAACCUGGCCAGCAGUCGCCCUGUCGCGAGGUGAGCGCGCUGGAAAGAAUUCCCGAAUAUUCCGAAGACAUUUAUCCGUACGCCACCUUCAAUCUGCCCGAGCAGGAAAACCUGUCGGCGAACCCGAUGCGACAGGCAUUCUACUACGAACGCAGCGAAACGAUGCUGCAAGGCAAUCAGUGCGACAUGGACCAAUACACGAAGGUCCGUGGCAGAGCACGUCGCAAGUCGAAGUCGUUCAAGUCGGAAUCCGAAGAGUACGACACGUUGGGGUCGGACAGCGACACGGAGGUCGGUACCAGCAGUCGCACCGAGUCCUCGAAUCAUCUGGACGACUCUGGGCCAGCGUCCAUAAUGACUCGAUCACCGGGGCCAAAUUCGAUCGGGCAGAGGGAGCAACGACUAGCCCUGGUCCCGAGGCCGGUUCAUCAUAAUGUGCUGUACCACACGCACGAAUCAAGUACAUCAACCGAGCCGUCACCAAUUUCUGAGAGGAAGACCUUCCCGAGGCUCGAGAAGCAAAGGAAUCAAGGAGCAACGUCCGAUAUUGGGAUGGACGGUCGCGUGCCGGGGAUCCUGCGUCCUGUGAUGAAGCUGUCGGAAUCCGGGAUGCAUUCGUACUCGAGGGGAGCGUCGCCGAGCAGGCCGUCGAGGCCGGGUUCCUGCGACCGGCUGACGAAGCAGCCGAGCCCGAGGAAAUCCGUGGAGUCGUUGUGCCUGCUGGAGGAGCCUGGAUCGUCCAGGAUGGCAAGGAGAGAGGAGGAUUGGGGCAGCGAGCUGUCUACGUUGGAGCUGAAACCACCUACUGGUUUCACGGACGCGCACGAGACUAGCGAGGCCGAGUGCGAUAUCGACAUGAAGCUCAAACUCCAUAGGAAAAGGGCGGCUUUUCCUUCUAACUCGCUCUCGAAAUCACCUAAAGACUUCACUAUCACUGUCUAAGUGUCUAAUCAAAUAUUCGCGAAAUUGCUGCCAACACGAAAGGUAUAUAAGAAUAUACGUACGUAUACAAGAUGCCAAGCAUGAUGAGUGUUAAUUCAAAAAAAAAGCAAAACAGAAUAAAAAAAAGAAACUGAAACUACGAAGAAAAUUUCCUCGCCGUUGAGAUCGUCGGGAUCCCCCCAACGCUUCUCUGUGGAUGGAUGACUGUCUUUCCGUGUAACUAUCGUCGACGAUCCAUUUACAAUAAAGAGGUAUUUUUGUAAGAAAAAGAAGGAAAGCAACCGACUGUGUCUCAAUAAUUUUUAUUCAAUUCCCCGUCCUUUGAAUUCGCUUACAAGCCGUAUUAUUUUAAUUCCACCUCUCCUCUGUAGAAAAUUUCGUGUUGGAAAUUGUGGCGAUACAAGAACGAACAGAAGAUUUUUCAUUUCCUUCAAAGAUUCGUUAAAAUUGGUCACUGUAGACGUGGUACUAGACGUCAAUCAGUUUAAUUGCUGUCGCUUAUCAGUUACGUGUCAGCCGCAUUUCCGCAGGACAGAAAUCCGAUUCUGAACAGAUCUGAAGACUGAUUUGUUACGUUCGUGCUAAUUAAACGAAUCGUUCGAUCAUUCGACAGUCGCUUCGAUAACAUCGCAAGGUGGUAAAAAUUUUCUUGUGUUACCGCAAGAUCUAAAUUUCAAAAUUUUUUUAAUUUUCUUGCUUCAAAAGUUUCUUGCGGAUAUUCACCUACAGAGUACAGGAAAAUGAACGAAUAAAUUACUUUUUAUCUGUUUGAAUAUCAAUAGCCCGAAUAGCGGAACAUCAAACGCCACCUGUACCGCUGGAGGCUCACCAACUGCAUCUUCAUCGAUGCAGUUGUACAUUUACCUGUAGGGAUUGUGUUGUUAUAG